GCAACAGCUGAGCCAAUGUGCUCUACCGCGAUCCGUCCUACCGACUGCGGUGCCUGGCAACAGAAAAAGACGUGAUGACGUCCUCCCCAGAUCGCGUAUUAUGGGAUGUGCGGAAUUAAACAACCCGAAGAGGACACGGCAAAGCACAAAAAAUAAUAGAGGCAGAAUAAACGAGGUUCAUGUAAACCAUGGAGCUCUCGGCUGUUGGUGAGAGCGUCUUCGCAGCCGAGUCCAUCAUUAAACGGCGUAUAAGACGGGGUCGCUGGGAAUAUCUUGUGAAAUGGAAGGGCUGGUCUCAGAAGUACAGCACUUGGGAGCCGGAGGAAAACAUUCUGGAUGCACGUCUGUUUGCUGCCUUCGAGGAGAGGGAACGCGAACGAGAGCUUUUUGGGCCGAAGAAGAGGGGUCCUAAACCGGAGACAUUUCUUUUGAAGGCCAAAGCCAAAGACAAAGCCAAGACAUAUGAAUUCAGAAGAGAAACUCCGAGGGGGAUCCAGGUUUCCUAUCCCAUUCCAGAGCCUGUCAUAACACCGAGGGCCCGGGAGGGUUUACGCACAGUUGUCCCCACAAUCUUCCCUCCGAGUGCAGUCAACAGAGGGGAAAGUGUCCAUGUGCGACCUCCAGAACCAGAGAGGAGGCCCAGGCCGGCUCCACCAGCCUCAUUCACGCUCCAGGAAUCCGCCAGUGUCCCCAAAAAGAGAGGGCGUAAACCUAAGCUGAAUUUACCUUAUAACAAAGAUCACAGGAGCAGCCAGGUAGAGCCUGACCAUAAACGGAGCAGGCUAAUGGAGGAGGCGAUACCACACGGCCUGUCCAAAAUGUCCCGACGCUUGCAUCACCACGGAGAGACGUCUGAUCACAGCCUGAUGCAGCUGACUAAAAGGUUUGAGGAAGAGACCACGAUUACGCCCAAGUCAAGCCACGAGCAGAGACACAUGAUGAGCGCAGGCUUGUCCCAAACUUGCGCGCUCAACCCGGAUGUGCGCCAGGCUCAUCACGGAGGGCAUAGGACUAAUUGCUUGACUAGGGUGUCUAUAGCUCAGCCCAAGCUGAAGCACUUGGCGGAAAAGCACAAAUAUCGGGCUGAGGAGUUUUCUCUCCAACCUGCUGCCAUCUCCAAACAGUCUGAGUCCAGUGAUUCAUCCAAGAGAUCAGACGCAUCCUGGACUCCAUGUCUCAGCAACUUCAAUAAUGUGACUGUGACAGAUAUCACGACGAACUUCUUGACAGUCACAAUCAGAGAGAGCACCACGGACAAAGGCUUUUUCAAAGAUAAAAGAUGAGUAUAUGCUUUUGAUGUGGGUCAAAAUACUUAAUAUAUGACUAUACAUCUAUGAAUAAUUGUUUAAGAAGCGAACUAACAAGCCUACUGUAUUACUAUAUUUUUUCUAUGUCACUCUCCAUUGUGUAUACGAAAUAUUUAAUACCCUGUUGAGCAAAUUAAAAAAAAUCAGACAUUACA